AUGAAGGAAGAAGAUUGUUUUUCAGAUUCAAAUAAUCCAAGUUGUAAUGUAGAACGAAAAAGGAUAGUAGCACCUAGAACAUCAGACGAAGAGGCGUUAUUUUUAGCACAAAAAUACUAUAAUCAUUGGCCUUUGUUAGAAGCAAAAUUAGCUUAUAACAUUGAAGAUGGUCGUAAUAAACGUUUAAUGUUACUAGAAAAGAUAGCUGAAGAUUUAUCAACAAAAUUUGGUGUUGCUGUCAGAGAUAGAAGGUAUUGUGAACAAAAACUUCGUGAUAUGAAAAAAGAAGCCAGAAGAAGUUUGUAUGCUCAUAGUCAACAACAACGGAAGUUUUCAAACCAAUUUGGUUUUAACGAAAAAUAUGCUUUAAAUUGUAAUGAGGGUCUUCGUAAAGAACCAAAUAAAGCUAUAAAGUUGAUCAUAGAAGCACUUCAAAGUAAAGAUCUUUUUAAAGAAGGUAGUGAAGGAAAAAACACACUUAAUUCCUCUAAAAGGCUUGAUGAUAAAAGCAUUGGUAUAACACGAGCAGGUGAUGAAGACAUACACUCUGAUGAAAUGGAAUUUUUGGAGGAGGAUACUAAUUCUAAUACUAAUUAUAAAGAGAAAAUUAUACCAGAAAAUGUUCAGUUACCUUUAUUUUCUCAAGCACCACCAACUUUUCAAAAGCAGAUACCAAAUAAUUUACCUAACAUAACUUCUUCUAAUAUUAGUAAUAGAAUGGAGAACCAUGGUAAUUCAUUUAAAAUAUUAUCAGCACCAUUUUCAAUGUUACCAGUUUCCUUAUUUUCACCACCUGAUAAUAAUAAUAUUAAUAAAAAUGACACAUCGCCGGUUUUAUUUGAAAAUAUAGCAGCUAAUCUCCUUCAAUUACAAAAUAAUGUUGUUUUAGGGAAUGUUCUUGGAAUUUCUGAAGAUAAUGGACAACAAAAAAAUGAAUUAGAUAUGAAAAUUCAAAAAGAUUUUAAUUGUAUACGAAAUAAUAAAAUUGAUAAAGGUAAGAAAGAACGAAAAGUUCGUGGAAGUAAUCAAAUAUGGAGAUGUGUUAAAAAAUUUGAUACAACUGAUGAUUAUGAAAAAUGGUUAUCAGGAGAAAUAAGUCAUUGGUAUCGUAAUAAAAGAAUCCAAUUAACUAAUGGUUAUCAACAUUUAUUUUACUGUAGAUAUAGUCAAAAGGCUGGUUAUCAACAAUGCCGUAGUCAAAUGAGAGCUAAUUAUAAUAAGGAAACUAUGCAAAUAUCAGUUGAGGUUAAUGAUAAACCUCAUCUUCAUGAAUUAUUAAAAGAUGAAAAUAAUCCAAGAAAAGUAACAGGAAAUGAAUCAAAUUAUAAUAGAGCAUCAUCUAUAUAUAAUUCAUCUCUUCCUAUUCCGAUUGUAACAACAUCAUCAUCACUUCCUUCAACACCAAACUCUAUACAGGGACUUUUAUCAAUUAAUUUAGGUGAUAUAAAAGAAAAUACAUCUAGUUUAUCUUUGGUUAAUGAUAGUAAUAACAAUAAUGUUAAUUGUAAUACAGCAACAACAACAUCCUCUAUUUCUAAUACAUCAGCUUUUACUGGUGAUGGUACAAGAAGUCAUCUAUCUACACCAAGUAGUAAUAAUAAUGGGAGCGAUUUUACAAAAGAAAAUCAAGAAAAAAAAAGAAUUCUUAAAAGAAAACAUCAAUCGGGUUAUCGUAAUCCCCUCGUUAAUAGGGUAUUUAUAACUGAGGAAAUAGAAAAAAAUAGAGAGAUAAAAAAAUUUUAUCAAGAAUUAAAUUCACAAUUAGGAACAGUAACUGAAGCUUUUCUAAAUUUCUUAUCUUUAGGAUGCCAAUUUUUUGAAUCUCAUCUUGAAAAAGAUCAAAAGUUAGAAGGAAGUAAUAGUGUUAUAAUAAAAAAGAAGAUACUUAAUAACACUCAAUGA